GUACUCUCUUUCCCGCGUUCUUGUGAAGACUGACUCUUUUCAUUUUCUAAACGUUCCUUAUAUUUCGAUCUUUACAAACUUUGCCUCUCUUUAAUUUCGGAUGACAUUCGAAAUUAAAAUAAUUCGUUGCGGAAGUGUAAUUUGACUAAUAAUUAUGGCCUUCAGAUGGAAGGCAUCGAUCUUCAUUGUUGCGAUAUUUCUUCUCUUUUUUAUUUACCAUGGGCCAGCCCUUCAACGCUAUCAAAGAUCAUAUGAUCGAACUCAACCAAUAGUUCAGUCUGGUUCAGAUGAAAAAGGAAACAAGUUUCGGUGGUCUGAAGUCCCACAUAGCUUUCCUGUCACCGACUUUAUACCUCUUCCUACGAACCCGGUCACAACCAUACCGAGAAUCCAGCAUCGUUUUGGGAAAGAAACUCAAGCCGAAAAGUCAAUCCGACAAGCUAGGCUUGAUGCUGUCAAAAGCAACUUUACACAUGCAUGGAAUGGCUACACUAGCCAUGCAUGGUUGAAAGAUGAGGUAAUGCCCUUGUCGGGAGGAUCAAUGGAUCCAUUCGGGGGGUGGGCCGCGAGCUUGGUCGAUACUCUCGAUACUCUUUGGAUCAUGGGUAUGCAUUCGGAAUUUAAAGUAGCCGUCGAAGCUAUUCAAGAGAUUGAUUUCAGUACCUGCGCUCUUGACCAAAUUAACGUCUUUGAAACUACUAUUCGGUACUUGGGUGGUUUUCUUUCCGCUUAUGAGUUAAGUGAUGGAAAGUACCCCGUUUUGUUACAGAAAGCGAAGGAGAUGGGAGAGAUGCUGUACAAGUCCUUCGAUACACCCAAUCAUUUACCAAUUCUUCGCUGGUAUUACCAUGUUGCUGCCACUGGUGCUGUGCAGGACGCCGAAGAAAAUGUUCUAGAGUCUGAGAUUGGUUCAUUGACUCUAGAGUUCACACGUCUUAGCCAGAUUACAGGUGAUCUCCGAUACUACGAUGCUGUGCAGCGCAUCAUGAAUAUCUUCGACAACCAGCAACCUUUAUCGAAGCUACCCGGAAUGUGGCCGGUGGUUGUGAACGCGAAGGACAUGAACUUCGUGGAAUAUGGAGGUUUUACUAUAGGUGGUAUGGCUGAUUCAUUGUAUGAGUAUCUACCAAAGCAACAUCUACUACUCGGUGGAGCUACUCAGCAAUAUAGGAGAAUGUAUGAAUUUUCAAUGAUUGCAAUGAGACGCAACAUAUUCUUCCGCCCGAUGACCAAGAAUGGUGAAGAUGUUCGCUUGCCUGGUAACGUGGAUAGUGAUGGGAAGACAUCCGUCACAGAGCUCAAAACCGAUGGAGAAGCACAACAUCUGGGCUGCUUUGCAGGAGGGAUGGUUGCUAUUGGUGCAAAGAUAUUUGAAAAUGAACAGGAUCUAGAAUUGGCAAGAAAACUUACCGAUGGAUGUCUCUGGGCUUACGAAAAUAUGCCACUUGGAAUUAUGCCUGAAAAGAUGCAUACAGUUCCAUGUGAAAACGACAGUCACUGCCCCUGGCACGAGCAGAAGUGGCUUGAAGGUAUAGAUAAAGACACUGAAGGCAAUGAAACUGUGCAUGAAAAGAUCCAACAGCACCGGCUAGUAGCUGGAGUCACCAAAUUUGAUGACGGUCGCUAUAUUCUCAGGCCGGAAGCAAUAGAGUCCGUCUUUAUACUUUAUCGCAUCACUGGUGACCCCAAGUUGCGAGAACAAGCCUGGACAAUGUUCAACAAUAUUAUCAAACAUACAAUCACCGAAAUUGCGCAUGCUGCUCUUGACGACUGCACCGUAUCUGAUAAUCCUCCCAAGGCUGACAGAAUGGAAUCGUUCUGGAUGGCUGAAACUCUCAAAUACUUCUAUCUCAUAUUUGCUGAUCCAAAUCUGAUUAGCUUAGAUGAGUAUGUCCUUAAUACUGAGGCACAUCCAUUGAGGAGGCCAAAAUAAUGUUUCAAUCGAGUUGGAUUCUUCAAUACCAAAUUCAACAGUAUAAUCUUUUCAGAGUGGCAAAUUGUCUUCUUGUCAAUUUUCUUGCACUGCCUUGACUGCUAGACUGAUAAUGACAUAAUCACCCAUUGGACUCAAUUAGAGUUUCUAUUUGUUGGAAAUGACUAUGGAAUUUUGAUUCAAUGAUGUAAAUGAAGCUCAAAAAAAGCAAUAAAAGCAUGCUUUUAGAGGCUUUGGCUUUCUCGCCUUUUGAAAUCAGAAAUCCAGCAUCUCUCUCCACUGAUUAAAUUGUAUCAAGGACAAAUUUGCGAGAACUA